CGUCAGAAUAAUUUCGUUCCUGGAAAGAAAAAUGUGGAAGUAGGACCCCGUUCGUAAUUGGUUCAAGUUUUAAUUGACUUCGAGAUCUCAAACAAUCCACCAGCCAUGUCCCCUGGCCACUUAGUCCUACUACAGUUCAGCAUGCACUGUUUCAAGAUCAUUUUCAUCUAUUGCAUCUGUGUUAAUGUCCUGGAACAUCUAGUCCAAAGGGUCCAGGAACACUGAGCUGGAUAAUCCUGGGGGCCAGAGUACGGAAUCAAUAAAAAUGCGGCAUCUAUUUCAAAAUUGUAUUGUUCUUUUUUUUUCCUCUUUUUGAUGGCAAAUAUUGCAUUU